GAGCCGAAAGCGUGCGCACUACGAGUCCCAUGGCGGACAUGUUUGCUUCGGCACUGAGGACGACGAGGCGCCGUGCGAUCUACCGCCAUGCCCUAUGGACUGCGUCUUUGAGGACUGGGCCCCAUGGUCUGACUGCACAACUUCCUGCGGCAACGGCACCCAUGUGAGAAGCCGCAGUGUCACUUUUGCAGCCAACGGUGGCAAGGAGUGCGACUCGCCUGUGCUGCAAGACGUGAAGGACUGCGGAAUCGCACCUUGCCCUGUUCACUGUCAGCUAUCUGAAUGGACGAAGUGGACUUCGUGCUCAGUGAGCUGUGGAGGUGGAAUGGCUUCACGUACGCGCAGCGAGGAAGUCCCCGCAAAGUAUGGAGGUCACAGCUGUCAGGGCCCGAUAGCGGCGGAUGAGGCUUGCAACGCGCAGCCCUGCCCUGUGGACUGCGAGUGGGGCGCCUGGACAGAGUUCGAUGCUUGCUCGGUGUCCUGUGGAGGAGGCAAGAAGCAGAAGAAGAGAAUUGUAUGGGUGGCUCCUGCCCAUGGGGGCCGCGAAUGCGAAGGCUUGCCGAUCGACGAGGAGUCCUGCAACGAGCACCCGUGUCCCGAUGACUGCCACUGGAGCGAAUGGAGCAGCUUCACCGUGUGCAGCAUGACAUGCGGUGGCGGCACGACCGGUCGGACAAGGAGCAUUGUCAAGGAGGAACAUGAUGGAGGCACUCCCUGCGAGGGCGACACCGCGGAACAGUUACCUUGCAAUGUGCAGAUCUGUCCCGGGGAUUGCCAGUGGGAUGAGUGGAGUUCUUGGACUCCCUGUAGCAAAUCCUGUGGGGGUGGCGUGAUCCGCCGCUUUCGUGAUGUUGUGGAGCCUGGCCACGAUGGAGGUGCCAGCUGCACAGGCGAUGCUGAACAGGAAGCUCCGUGCGAUGCAAGCAGCUGCCCCGUCGACUGUGUGAUCACUGAUUGGUCGGACUGGUCGGCUUGCUCUACAUCCUGCGAUGGUGGUGUCGUUGUCAGGUUCAGAGUCGUUCAAGUUGAAGCUGCUUUUGGCGGGCUUCAGUGUCCGCAGAACCUCACGGAAUCCUACGAGUGUGCUGCAGGCCCGUGCCCUGUCGACUGCAAGCUUGGUGACUGGAGGGAUUGGACCGCGUGCUCCACUUCCUGCGGGCACGGCCAGCGAGUCCGCACCAGGCUUCGAGAAAACGAGCGCUUCGGCGGGCUUCCAUGUGAUGAGGCCCUGGUGCAGGAAGAGGAGUGUUAUGCGGCACCCAUCCAUCCGCAAUGCCCCGAUCUGCCCACUACCCACUCGACAACGCUGCACCUGUCCGACUUGGCGGCGGCAGCUGCGGCAGCAUCUCCUCCCAUGCUCCCGCCUAAUCUGGCGAAAGAGGCUGGGCUCCAGAAACUGUUGUGCACGGGCAUAUAG